AUGACAAAUCUCACGAAACGAGUACCCAUCCCUCCCAAAGGAGUCGACUAUAGAGGCAAAGUGGUUCUCGCACCCAUGGUGAGAAGCGGCGAGUUACCCUCUCGUCUUCUCGCUCUUCACUAUGGGGCGGAUCUUGUCUGGGGCCCAGAGACCGUCGACCGAUCCAUGAUAGGCACCACCCGCAGAGUAAACGACUCUCUCUCCACAAUUGACUUUACGCGCCUCCCCUCCCAUGGCUCCAAGGACCCAAACAAGGACAAAAGAGAAUCCCUCAUCUUCCGCAUCCACCCCGAGCGCGAAGGCUCCCGCCUCAUCUUCCAAAUCGGCACCUCCGACCCCGAGCGCGCCGUCGCCGCAGCCAGAAUCGUCGCCGCAGACGUAGCGGGUAUCGACGUCAACGCCGGCUGCCCGAAGCCGUUCAGUACAAGCGGCGGCAUGGGCGCUGCGCUCCUCCAAACCCCGGAUAAGCUAUGUGCGAUAUUAGAGGCCCUGGUCAAAGAGAUCGUGCCGGAGUUCGAGAUUGGGAUUAGUGUGAAGAUCCGGCUGCUGGAGACGCCUGAGUUGACGGAGACGCUGGUGAGGAAGCUGUGCGCGACGGGCAUCACGGGACUGACGGUUCACUGUCGGACGACGCCUAUGCGGCCGCGGGAACGGGCUAUUCGGGAGCAGCUGCGUAUGAUUGCGGAUAUUUGCAGAGAGAACGGGGUGGCGUGUCUCAUGAAUGGGGAUGUGGAGAGCAGGGCGCAAGCCGAGCAGCUAGUUGAGGAGUUUGGGGUUGAUGGGGCUAUGAUUGCUACAGCAGCCGAGGCGAAUUCCAGUGUUUUCAGGAGCGAGGCUGAUGGGGGAAUCGCACCUUGGGAGGAGGUUGUCGAGAAGUACGUGAAGACAUCACUCGAGGUGGAGAACCGAUUCGGCAAUACGAAGUACCUGCUCAACCACCUUAUUCCGGGGAAGCAACCGGUCUACAGAGAGAUGACGACCUGCAAGAGCUACCAUCAGGUAUCCAAGGUCCUAGGACUCGUACAUUUGGAAGCUCGAGCGAAGGAGGUUGAUGAGAAGAUUGGCAUCACCCCUGAGGUAGCUGAAGCUCCUGGGAGACGAGGAAAGAAGAACAAGAGCGCCAUGGCAGCUGGUGGGAAUCAGGGCAAGAUCCGAAGCGUGGAGCCGAAGAAGGUCCUGUCUAAGAGAGGGAAUCCCAAACGGCCACAACACAAGAUGCCGGUAGCGUUAGAUGUGUAG